GCCAACCAUACUUCCUAGUAAUAUAAGCCCCAACUCAGCCCUUUGUUUUGUUCCAACCUGUUCGAAUCUCAAAUUUUUAAAUCCUUCUCUCUCGCUCUCUCUCUCUCUUCUGUGGCUUCGACCUCUGCAUCAAUGGCGUCCGCUGUGCCGGAUAACCUUACCAAGGAGCAGUACGUAUACUUGGCGAAGCUCGCGGAGCAAGCCGAGCGAUAUGAGGAGAUGGUUAAGUUCAUGGAGAAACUUGUGGUUGGGUCCACUGCUCCAGGAGGCACUGAACUCACUGUGGAGGAGCGGAACCUUCUCUCUGUGGCCUACAAGAACGUGAUCGGAUCGCUUCGAGCUGCCUGGCGAAUUGUCUCAUCGAUUGAGCAGAAGGAGGAAAGCCGCAAGAACGAUGAGCUCGUGCCUCUCGUCAAGGAUUACAGAUCCAAGGUUGAGUCCGAGCUCUCUGUCGUCUGCGCUGGGAUCCUUGGGCUGUUGGACUCGCACCUCGUGCCGUCGGCUUCCACCGGUGAGUCCAAGGUUUUUUACUUGAAGAUGAAGGGCGAUUACCAUCGGUACCUGGCUGAGUUCAAGGUCGGGGACGAGAGAAAAUCAGCCGCGGAGGAGACCAUGGGAGCUUACAAGGCUGCUCAGGAUAUUGCAACUGCUGAACUGAGUCCAACGCAUCCAAUAAGGCUGGGUUUGGCACUGAACUUCUCCGUGUUCUAUUACGAGAUCCUCAAUUCAUCAGACAAAGCUUGUGCCAUGGCAAAGCAGGCUUUUGAGGAUGCUAUUGCUGAACUGGAUACACUGGGUGAGGAAUCCUACAAGGACAGCACACUGAUCAUGCAACUAUUGAGGGACAACCUCACUCUCUGGACUUCUGAUAUGCAGAUAGAUGAGGUUUGAGGACUGGCUGUGCUCCUCGAAGGAGGUGGGCUUGAAUGUCAUACACAUUUUAUAAUCUGCAUGUGACUAGUUAAUUUAUUGUCCUUGUAUGCAUAUCCAUGUACUCUUGUUCAUUUUAUUUCUCUUUCUCUCACUCUUUUUUUUUUCCUUUUCUAUUUAAAGAAUGUACUCAUGAUGAUCACAAUAUUGUCUUUCUUCGCUCAA